CCAUGUCUUCACCAACAAUCUCAAGAUCAACCACAGUCAUCUUCUUCUUCUUUCUUGGUCUCAUCACAAAUGCCCAAGCUGCUGAUUUCCAUGUCAAAAGAUAUGGAGCAAGAGCCAACGGAAAUUCAGACGAUAGUCAGGCCAUAAUGAAAGCUUGGAAGGAUGCUUGUAUGUCAACAAAGCCAAGCAAAGUAGUGAUACCAGGAGGAAGAUAUGUAGUGGAUUCAAUGAAGUUUCAAGGGCCAUGUAUGGCUCCCAUUCAUGUUCAAGUGGAGGGAAGAUUGCAAGCUCCAACCAAUAUUAAAAAAAUGAGAUCUGAUGACACUUGGAUUGCCUUUCAGUACAUUAAUGGCUUAACUCUCUCUGGAAGUGGCACUUUUGAUGGCAGAGGAUCUCUUGCUUGGAAGCAAAAUGAAUGUGCUUCUUCUGGCAAAUGCAGCUCUCUCCCUAUUAGCUUGAGAUUCUUCAGCCUCAACAACAGUUUAAUCAAAGACAUAACUUCAACAGACAGCAAAUUCUUCCACAUGAAUGUGCACAACUGCAGGAAUGUGACCCUUCAAAACAUCAACAUCGACGCCCCUGGCGACAGUCCGAACACAGAUGGAAUCCAUAUCGGUGGAUCGAGUGGGGUGACUAUAAGAAAUGCUAGGAUCAAAACUGGCGACGAUUGCGUGUCGAUUGGGGAUGGAAGCCAACAAAUUAAUGUGGAGAAAGUAACAUGUGGACCUGGACAUGGAAUCAGCAUUGGAAGCCUUGGAAAGUACAAAAAUGAGAAACCUGUGUCUGGAGUCACUGUGAGAAAUUGCACAAUUUCAAACACAAUGUUUGGAGUUAGAAUCAAAACAUGGCCAGAUUCUACCAAAGGAAUUGCUACCAAUAUGCAAUUUGAAGGGAUUGUCAUGAACAAUGUGGGCACUCCCAUUCUAAUUGACCAACAAUAUUGCCCUUAUGGAUUGUGCAAACACCAGAUUCCAUCGAGAGUUAAAAUAAGCAACGUGGGAUUCAAGAACAUAAGAGGAACAUCUACAGCUCAAGUAGCUUUAAAGCUUGUAUGUAGCAGAGGGUAUCCUUGCAAGAAUGUGAAGCUAUCAAACAUAAACUUGAAAUACAGUGGCACCAAUGGCACAGCCAUUUCAGAAUGUUCCAAUGUUAAGCCUGCCCUUUCUGGAAGAGUAGUCCCACCAGCCUGCACUAGGGCUUUUGCAGCUUGAAUAUUCAUGCAAAUUUAUUAUUUUACAAAAUAAUAUUUUAGCACCCUUUUCAUGCUUUUCAAUGUAAUAUCAGCAUGAUGAGAGGUGAAGUUUAUAAUUAAUUGUAUUGUAACCCACAAUGGGGCUUUUCUUCUUUUUA